AUGGAGCCAGGUUCUAGGUCAGUAUCUAGGCCCAGCUGGGAGCCUGAGCCACAUCAGACACCUAUCACCCAGCCAAAGUCUGGGUCAGAAAAGACACCCACAGCCCAGACAGCAUCUGAGGCUCAGCAGGGACCCAAUACACAAGAGGAGCCUGCUUCACAGCAAGGACCCAUCACUCAGCAGGAGCCCCUUGCCCAACAUGAAGCUGAAGCCCAGCAGGAACCUCAAGACCAACAAAAAAGUGCUUUGCAGCAGGAAUUUCUUGCCCCACAGGAACCUGCAGCAGAGCAAUCACCUCCCACACAAAGAGUGCCUUUCACAAAACAGGAAGCUGCCUCACAGCACCGACCUAGGCAAGGAAAAGAACCUAGAACUCAACAGGAGCCAGAAUUGAGAAAGGGACCUGGAACCCAACCAGGACAUGGGCUCAAAAAUGAACUACCUGGCCAAACUGAACCUAUGUCACAACAGAGAUGGCAACAAUCAGACCCUACAGCCCAGCACAUAGCUCCAGCCCAGGGAGUCAAAUCCCCAAAGGGAUCUUUGGCCCAGUGGCAUUUUCUAUCAAAACCAAAAGAACCAUUCAUACAGCAAAUGGCCUCAGAGCAGAAGACACUUCUUGAAUGGGUCACAGAUUCAGGCACAGAAUCAGAUUUGAGGUCUUCCUUAGAGACUGAUUCAUCAGCCAAGAGGGAUGGAACAGUAGCCCAGGGAAUGAAGCUGGCCUUCAGGGGGAAACCUGGUUACGAGGUGAUGUCAGGGUUCGGUGGGACGCCAGUACCCAGGAAGAAAACCAGCAGCCAGAACCCCAGACACUACUGGAACACAGCCUCGCGGCUCACACACAGCAUGGACCUGCGCACAAUGACACAGUCACUGGUGACCCUGGCAGAGGACAACAUGGCCUUCUUCUCCAGCCAAGGCCCUGGGGAGACAGCACGGCGGCUGUCAGGCGUCUUUGCGGGUGUUCGGGAACAAGCACUGGGGCUGGAGCCGGCCCUGGGCCACCUGCUGAGCGUGGCACACCUCUUUGACCUGGACGCAGAGACGCCGGCCAAUGGGUACCGCAGCCUGGUACACACGGCCCGCUGCUGCCUGGUGCACCUGCUGCACAAAUCACGCUACGUGGCCUCCAACCGCCGCAGCAUCUUCUUCCGCGCCAGCCACAACCUGGCCGAGCUCGAGGCCUACCUGGCUGCUCUCACCCAGCUCCGUGCUCUGGCCUACUACGCCCAGCACCUGCUGGCCACCAACCGGCCCGGGAGGCUCUUCUUUGAGGGCGACGAGGGGGUCACAGCCGACUUCCUGCGUGAGUACGUCACUCUGCACAAGGGCUGUUUCUACGGCCGCUGUCUGGGCUUCCAGUUCACACCCGCCAUCCGGCCAUUCCUGCAGACCAUCUCCAUCGGGCUGGUGUCCUUCGGGGAGCACUACAAACGCAAUGAAACGGGCCUCGGUGUGACAGCCAGCUCCCUCUUCACCAGCGGCCGCUUUGCCAUUGACCCAGAGCUGCGUGGGGCUGAGUUUGAGCGGAUCAUACAGAACCUGGAUGUGCACUUCUGGAAAGCCUUCUGGAAUAUCACUGAGAUCGAGGUGCUAUCGUCUCUAGCAAACAUGGCAUCAGCCACCGUGAGGGUAAGCCGCCUGCUCAGCCUGCCUCCCAAGGCCUUUGAAAUGCCGCUGACUGCUGACCCCAAGCUCAUGGUCACCAUCUCACCCCCACUGGCCCACACAGGCCCUGGGCCCGUCCUCGUCAGGCUCAUCUCCUAUGACCUGCGUGAAGGACAGGACAGUGAGGAGCUCAGCAGCCUGGUGAGGUCCGAGGGCCCCAGGAGCCUGGAGCUGCGGCCACGCCCCCAGCAAGCACCCCGCUCAAGGUCCCUGGUAGUGCACAUCCACGGCGGCGGCUUCGUGGCCCAGACCUCCAAAUCCCAUGAGCCUUACCUCAAGAGCUGGGCCCAGGAGCUGGGGACUCCCAUCCUCUCCAUCGACUACUCCCUGGCCCCCGAGGCCCCCUUCCCCCGUGCGCUGGAGGAGUGCUUCUACGCCUACUGCUGGGCCGUCAAGCACUGUGCCCUCCUCGGCUCAACAGGUGAGCGGAUAUGCCUCGCAGGAGACAGUGCUGGCGGAAACCUCUGCUUCACUGUGUCCCUUCGGGCAGCCGCCUAUGGAGUACGGGUCCCAGAUGGCAUCAUGGCAGCCUACCCAGCCACAAUGCUGCAGUCUGCCGCCUCUCCCUCCCGCCUCCUAAGCCUCAUGGACCCCCUGCUGCCCCUCAGCGUGCUCUCCAAGUGUGUCAGCGCCUAUGCUGGUGGGGAGACAGAGGACCACUCCGACUCAGACCAGAAGGCACUGGGCAUGAUGGGGCUGGUGCGGCGGGACACAGCCCUGCUCUUCCGAGACCUCCGCCUGGGCGCCUCUUCAUGGCUUAACUCCUUCCUGGAGCUGAGCAGGCACAAGUCCCACCCAAACUCGGUGCCCGUGGCAGAACCAAUGCGGCGCAGUGUGUCUGAAGCAGCACUGGCCCAGCCUGAGGGCCUACUGGGAAUGGACUCUCUCAAGAGCCUGACGUUGCAUGACCUGAGCCUAAGGGGCAGCUCUGAGACAGCGGACACCCCAGAGCUGUCACUGUCAGCGGAGACACUUGGCCCCUCCACACCCUCAGCCGUCAACUUCUUACUUGGGCCUGAGGAUGCACCUGAAGAGGCUGAGGCCAGAGAUGAGCCCAGAGAGCUGAGUACCAAGGACAGAGUCUGCAGUGUAGGCUCUGCCUUCCCUGAGGGUUUCCACCCAAGGCGCUCCAGCCAGGGCUCCAUUCGGAUGCCCCUCUACUCGUUGCCCAUUGUCAAGAAUCCCUUCAUGUCACCGCUGCUGGCACCUGACAGCAUGCUGCAGACCCUCCCACCCGUGCACAUCGUGGCGUGCGCGCUGGACCCCAUGCUGGACGACUCGGUCAUGUUCGCGCGCCGGCUGCGCAGCCUGGGCCAGCCCGUGACGCUGCACGUGGUGGAGGACCUGCCGCACGGCUUCCUGAGCUUGGCGGCGCUGUGCCGGGAGACGCGGCAGGCCGCGGCCCUCUGCGUGGAGCGCAUCCGCCUGGUCCUCAAUCCGCCGGGCCCCUCUGCGCCCACCACGCCGCCGGUCUGAGCCACGGGACCGAGCUGGGCCACGCGGGGAGAGGGAGGGUGCGGGGGGCGACACUAAAGGCCUCUUGUACCCAUCUGCACAGGGCUCCGUGGUCCAUGCGCCUCGGGAAGGGUGGCGGGGACCCCAGCUAGGGGCUCCUGGCCCAUGCCGCCCCUCCCUUGGGCCGGCCGGGGGUGGGGGAUAAGCUGUGCCUUAAGUCGAGGGUACGGCAGGGUGGGGGGCGUCCCCCCAUCCCGAAAGCUAAAACCUUGGAUUGGGAGAGGGGGGCGCGCACAAACCAGUCUCCGAGACAGCUGGACCUGCACUCCACCACUGCCUUACGUUGCUGCGACCGCCGCCGGGGCGGGGCCUGGCCCUACCUAGCAGGUCGGUUUGAUUUCGGUUUUUUUCUUUGUUGGUUUUCUUUUUUUUGUAAAUAAAACUAUUUAAUUAG